AUGAAUCAAAGAAAAAAUAGUAAUUAUGGAUAUUGGAACAAUCGAAACUUUAAUUAAACGUAUUAAAACGAUAAAUCAAUAUUAAAAGACCCAAUAUUAUAUGAGGAUCAACCUAAAAAAUAAAUAAUUCGUAUCCUUGAUAAAAAAUAACCUUAUUAUGAAUCAUAGAUAGAAGAUUAAAAAUCAAAUAAUGAUAAUGACUAAAUAAAAGAAACAAACAAACAAUAAGAACUUAUAAAAUAAGGGGUUUUUAAAAAAGAUGAAAAGAGUGAAGAAGAUGAAUAAAAUUCAAAUGAGGAUGUAAAAGAUGAUUAGGAAGAGAGUAGUUAAUUAGACAACGAUAUUGAUGAAAAAGAAGAAUAGAAUUCUCAGGAAGAUUAUUUAGAUGAUUAUGAUGAUUAUGAUGAUUAUGAUAAUUAUGAAGAAGAUCAAGAAGAUUAAGAAGAAGAAGGUGAAUUUUAAGAUGAUUACAAAUCAGAUAAUGAUUCAUAAAAUUUUGAUGAGAAUAAUUAAGAUGAUAAUGAAGAAGAUUUAAAUCCAUAUGAUUCAGAUGAUGAAAUAGAAAAUAGAGUCAAAUCAAGAGAAUAAUAGCCAAGAUUAUCCGAAAGUUCAUUUAGAAUGUUGGGUUUUGAAUGUAGAAAAAUUAAUCCCUCUUUACCUAAAGGAUUUGCAAAAAAAACUUAAAGAGAUGAAAGUGGCAAAAGAAUAACAAAUUAAAAUAAUAAUAAUAAUAAUUAAUAAAUAAAUCAAACAAAUGAAUUAAGAUUUAUUCAAAAAAUAGAAUAAAUAAAAGCAAAAUAAUAAAAAGAAGAAGUAUAAUAAUAGCAACAAUACUAAUAAUAAUAAUAAUAAUAAUAGUAAUAAUAAUAAUAAUAAGUAUAGUAAUAGUAAUAAUAAUAAUAAGUAUAGUAAUAGUAAUAAUAAUAAUAAUAAUAAUAAUAAGCAUAAUAAUAAUAAAGUUAUUAAAAUUUUGAAUCAUAAUAUGAUGCUAAUAGUUGGAAAAUACCUUCUAUCCCUAAUAAUUUAAAGUUUUUGUCAUCUAAUUCAGAAGAUAAAACUAUACAAUAUUAUUUAGAAGGAGAAUGGGUUGGCUUUUAAUUUAUAGAUGAAAUGUGCACAGAAAAAAAUAAAUAAGAUGCUAUAAAUCUUGAUCUUUUUAAUAGGAUAUUUGAAGUUGAUUAGAAUUUUAAAUUAAAUACUUCGUUGGUUGUUAAAUAGUACACUAGACCAAAUUAGGGAAAAUAAGAAACAAUCUUUAGAUCUCAGAGAGGAAUGAUUAAGUCAAUAAAAAGAUUACAAACAAUAUUUUGUGACAGAUAGAAAAGAAAAUAAGAUGGUUCCCUUGUAAAUAUUGUGGAAAUAUUUUAAUAUAUAUCUGAUAGAUUUAGAGCUUUAAGCACAGAAUUGACCUAAAUAGAACCAAAAAAUAGUAAUAAUUAUAUAUUUAGGAUUCAAUAUCUCGAAUAACUAAGUAAAAUAAUUAAGUUGUUAAAUAGUCCGAAUAUAUCUGCUGUCAUAUAUAGAAAUGAUGAACGCAGAUUAAAGUUCCCAAUAAAUAAGAUAGAAUAUAAAUAAUUGUGAAAUUUAUCUACGAAAAGCACUUGAUGAUUUAGCAAUCAAUUAUUAAAUAUUAUUUCAUGAAAUGUAUGUAAUCAGUUUAUUUAUUUUAGAAAUGAAAAAAGAUUUAUUUUGGUGGAUAACGUUCCUGAAUUUAUCUCAUAUUAUCAUCUUAUGCUUUCUUAAACUAUUCUCUCUAAAAACUCUAACUCUAUUUAAAAAUUAGCCAAUUUGGAUAUUAUCUUUUCUGAAUUCUAAUAUUUUGAUACCCUUAUAGAAACUUCUGAAUUUUAAUUCUGUAAAUUGGUAAAAGAGUAUAUCAUUGUCAAAAAUUAUAGUGCUUUACUUGAUCUUGGAAAUAACUGUAAAAUUACUUUAUUUUAAAAAUUUUUCAUCUAUCUUUUUUAAAAUCAAAUUAAGUUAUAUAUAGAAGAUAUGGAAAAAAUGAAGUUAUAUGAAAAAGAUAAGUUAAAACUUAAAUUUAUUGAUAUUAAUUCUAUUUAUUAAUAAUGGAUUUCAAUAGAUGAUAAAAUAACCUUUUUAAAUUUAAGAGGAAACUUUUCUAAAAUUAUUCUUGGAAAGGUUCAAAUUGAAAAAGUUAAUUGUAUAGAAAAUUAAAAUUUGAAUUAAUAGGUUAUUAAUUAAAAAUCAAACUAAACAGAUUUAAAAACAUUAAAGAUGAAAUCAACAAUAUAAGAGAUGCUUUUAUAAUUAUCUUUAAAAAAAAUCUUAAACAAAUUUACAAAAUUUUUAGCACCUCAUUUAGAUAAUAUUGAUUAAGAGCUAGGAAAUUUUUACAAAAUGUAAAGAAUCUUAAAACACUGGAGAUUAAGCACUUUAACUGAGAAAAGAUAUUAAAAAUUUUUGUAGUUAACUAAAUAAAAGAAGAAUUAUAAAUAACAAAAAUAAAUAAAAAUAGUAGAACAAUAAAAUUUUAGAAUUGAUUUAACUCGAAAGUUAAUCAAUAAAAAUGCUUUAUAAAAAGAUCUAUAUUAUAAGGUUGUUAUUUUAAAUAAUAACGAAAGUCAUAAUGAAUUAGUGGAAAAAUUAAUCUUUUCAUUAUGUGAUAAAUAAUUUAAAGCAUAAGAUGAUUCUAUAAUAAUAGAAUCGAAUGUUUCUUACAAAAAGAAAGAAUAUAAAUUAUAUAUGAGCAUUUAAAUAUUAGAAAAUUUAUAGAAAGAAAGAAUUUGUGGAGCAGACAUGUAUAUAGUAAUUGGAGAUAUUUUGGAUAUAAAUAUUGGGAAACCUUGUUUGUAAAUAAUUUUUGAUUAGAAAAAUAAAAUGGAGGAUAAGGGAACAUUGCAUGUAGAAUAUGAUUAUAUUGAAUUAUUUGAUAAGCUUUAAGAUAGCUAGGAAUUCAAUAAUAAAUUAAUUGAAAUAGUAGAUCGUAGUUUAGAAAAUAAAUAAGCAAUAGAAGAUAUAUAGCUAAUAUCUUUGAGUGAUUAUUUCAAAGAAAUUUAAAGGGCAGAAUGCCAGAAUUAUUAGAACGAUCAAAUUGAAUAUUUUAUUACUAGAUGUGUCUAAGCAGAGUUAUACUUACAAGAUGCAUUAAAAAAUAAUAUAUGUUCAGAUGAAUUACCUUAAGAAUUACUUUUUGAUCGUUAUAUAAAUUAGGAACUCAUUUUAAAAUAUGUUGUUAAAGUACUACUUGGUUGUCAUAAUUUUAGUUCAAUCCAGCAAAUAGAUUAAUGAUACCUCUCUGCAAUCAAUUACAAAAAAAAGAUAUGAUAAGUGAAAGAAUAUUAAUAAAUGAGAUAAAGGAUUAUUUAGAAGAUUACUUAGAUGAGAUGGAAUUAUUAAAAUUAUUAACCCAAAAUUUCAAAUUUGGAAGGAACUUUACAGGAGACUGGAAGUUACUAUUUGAGUUUAUAAUUGAGUAGUUGGUUUAAUAUCUUGAGAAUUCUGAUAUAUAUUUUGUAUUGAAGGGAAACCACAACACAAUUUUAGAUCAAAAUGAAUUGAAUAUCAGAGUUUAAUAAGAUAUAAGCCAACUUCUUAAGAAGAAGCCAGAUUAGUAACAGAAAAGUCAAAUAAUGUCCAAAAUAUUCAAAUUUGAAUUGGGUGAUUUAAUAAAAAAAAGAGUUUGCAAAUGA